AUGGACAUCAACCUUCAGUCUCACAGAUUUUACUUCCCCCAGAUCUACUGUGCUGAACCGGGGGCUCAGCCGCAGCUAGCUGAGUUCACAGUCAGUGAACAGAGUAUCUGCCAGGCGCGGGCCUCUGUCAUGGUCUACGAUGACACCAGUAAGAAGUGGGUGCCCAUAAAGCCUGGACAGCAGGGAUUCAGCCGCAUCAACAUCUACCACAACACUGCCAACAACACGUUCAGAGUGGUGGGCGUCAAGCUGCAGGACCAGCAGGUGGUAAUCAACUACUCCAUAGUUAAGGGGCUCAAGUACAACCAGGCCACCCCGACCUUCCACCAGUGGCGCGAUGCCAGACAGGUCUACGGCCUCAAUUUCGCCAGCAAAGAGGAGGCCACCACCUUCUCCAACGCCAUGCUCUUUGCCCUCAACGUCCUCAGUGCUCAGGAUGGAGGUCCAGCUGUCCAGCGCCAAGUCCAGAAUGGGCCGACUUCAGAUGAGAUGGAAGUUCAGAGAGCGAGGCAGAUGAUGGAGCAGCAGCAGCAGAUGCAGGCGCACUUGGAGCGGGAGCGACGGUCCUCCAACUCAGGUUCUCCUUUCCAAGGCCACCCUGCUGUGCUCUCUGUGGCCCCACCAGUAGUACCUCCCCCAAUGAACAUGGGCGGCCCUCCUCCCCCUCCGCCACCGCCGGGACCUCCACCACCCUCGGCGGGGGCGCCCCAGCCUCCUCUCCCACCGCCACUACCCAUGGGCGAUGGGGGGGACGGGGAUGAGUCGCCUGGGCAGACGGGACUCGCCGCGAUGAUCGCUGGAGCCAAACUGCGCCGCGUUCAAAGACCUGAGGACAGCUCCUCAAGCGCCAAAAACGAUGCCAACAGAACGAGUGGAGGCAGCGGAGGACUGAUGGAGGAGAUGAACGCUCUGUUGGCACGAAGAAGGAAAUUAGCCUCAGAGAAGCCGGAGGACAGCCAAAACGAUGAUCCAAAUUGUCCGUCACCCAACACCCGGGGUGGACAGAACGCCACAGAUGGUGCAAAAAAGCCGUGGGACCGAGCCAACUCUGCAGACAGGUCCAUGGUCUCAAGGGUACGGCCCGUGGGGAGUGGCAGUGACACAGACGCAGACCUCGAUAGAAUGAAACAGGAAAUCUUGGAAGAGGUGUUCCGUGAAUUGCACAAAGUAAAGGAGGAAAUCAUCGAUGCCAUUAGACAUGAACUCAGUCGAAUUAGUACGACAUAAUGUCUUAGAGCUGCUCCCCGACAUGAACCACC